CUUCCUGCUACAUAAGUUUAUCUUCCAUGGUUACAUGUGGCAACAAGAUUGACUGCAGACAUGCCAGGAAUUCUGUUGGGAGACGUGUUCCCUGACUUUGAAGCAGAGACUACGAUCGGGAAGAUCAAAUUUCAUGAAUUCUUGGGAAAUUCAUGGGGUAUCUUGUUCUCACAUCCACGUGACUUCACUCCAGUAUGUACGACUGAAUUAGCCCGUGCUGCAAAGCUGAGUGACGAGUUUAAGAAACGUGAUGUGAAGAUGAUCGCACUGUCCAUUGACAGUGUGGAGGACCACCACAAAUGGAGUCAGGACAUUAUGGCAUUCAACCAAGACAAAGCAUGCGGUCUAUUGCCAUACCCUAUCAUAGCAGAUGACAAGAGGGAGUUAUCUGUCUUAUUGGGAAUGCUGGACCCUGAUGAGAAGGACAAAUUAGGGAUGCCCCUCACUGCUCGCUGUGUGUUUGUUAUUGGUCCUGAUAAGAGGCUGAAGCUGUCUAUUCUCUAUCCGGCCACUACGGGGCGCAACUUUGAUGAGAUUCUCCGUGCCGUAGACUCUCUACAGUUGACUGCAGUGAAAAAGGUGGCUACACCUGUGGACUGGAAGCCCGGUCAAGAAGUCAUGGUCAUCCCUUCCCUCUCAGAUGAAGAGGCCAACAAGCUGUUCCCAGCUGGUUUUACAGCAAAAGAGGUGCCUUCUGGGAAGAAAUACAUGCGCUACACUAAACCAUAACUUAAAGUAAAUCUACAGAGGGGCUGUAUUGUAGAAAUGGCACUUACCUGACAUGGACUGAUGUGGUGUACACUUACUGAGGUUUGGGAUAAACUGCUUGUCGCUGAGUGAUGAUCAUGAUUUUGUUAAACUGGCGAAAUGACACAUCACAGGCUCAUUACAUAUAAUAUAAUAAUUGUAUUGUGCCUUAAAUUCAAUAAAAACUUACCACUUU